AUGUGCCCUCUGUCAACCAAACUUUGUGAUCCUGGUAAUUCUGAAGAAAUAUAUUAUGGUGUCAAUAUACCUAGUGACGCUGUCUUAGAAUCUGAUGACACUCUGCAUGUCUAUAAUGACAAAUCAGAAGCACUGACAAUUAUGAAGAAAUACAAGGAAGCGAGGUUAAAAUCGUUUAAGACAAGACAGGAGGCUAUGGAAUUUGCAGUUCAAGCUCCUGAAAUUGUAGUUCCCUUAUCUGUGUUAACAGAAAAUUUAGAAACCAGCAGUCCUGUAAUAGGCGAAAAACCAAGUCCUUUCAGAGCACCAAAAUCACAGGAUUUGGUUUGGCUGAGGAAAGUGAUAGAAUGUGGCGACGCUCAUACAUUCAGAAAUACCAUCUGGGAUAAUCCUCGGUACCUAGUGAGUAGUGGAGAUACUCCAGCCAUUCUUCAGACAGUGAGCAAUGUUGCAUUUAUUCAGUUGCUGUAUGGAGAUGAUGAUGCUGCCAACUGUCAGGACCGAGCUCGUAUCUUGUUGGAUCUUUACCUGAAUACUCCUGAUAAGGCCCUCAAUGAGACUCCAAUACAUUUUGCAGUUAAAUUAGGAGCUGUUUCAGUUGUAGAUGUUAUCUGCAGUCGUGUUUCCUCUCCAGAUGAAAGUCUAAGGCAAAAACUGUCAAAUUUACUGGAUGACAUGUUUUAUGUUCCUGUACUUAGAUCAGAGGAUAAUUCUGUACAGCCUACUGUUGGUGAUCCAUUCUCUCCUGCUUGCCCUCUGGUUGUUUUCAGUUCUAUAGGAAAUAAUCUAGGGGGUAGGGUGAUCACCGUACACCACCCACUGUUAUCCCUGUGGUCCAUUCUUGGUGAAGGAGACUGGGCUCCAUGA